AUGGGUUCGACACCAAGAACCCUUCCUUAUGGAACAUCGGAAACCCUCGAUUGCGGUUAGUUUGUGAUUGAGUUUUAGGAGAAGAUGGGAUAGGGGUGUGAAAAAGGUUUCUUUGUUUUGAGAACUCGACGAGCAAGCUAUGUUCAUUCCGGAAAUUUUACUACAAAGAGAGGUUCAAAAUUUGCUUCCUGUUAAAAAUAUUGUGAGAAUGAACAAAAGACAUUCAAAUUUAUUUCCUGAAUUUUUAAUGAAACAGCGACAUUUGAAAGAUCCGCUUUUCACAUAAAUUUGUGAAAUUUUCACUUUUGUCUUUAUUUUUCCAUUCAGAUUUCCCAGAAGAUAAUCUAGAUAAUCAACAGAUCAUUUAUUUUUAAUGAAAAAAUAUAUAAAAUAUACCAAGACAAAAAAAACAGCAAACAUGUCAGAGAAAAAUUGCGCAAUUUCUUCCACGCCGACAGUUUCUCUUGCACGCUCUCUUAUUUGCACACUCCCUCUUCAUUUGUUCGUUCCCAAAAUAAAAAAUAGUUUCAUUUAAUAUUUUCUAUGAAUGUACCGAGUUGUAAAACAAUCAGAUGAUGAAGAAGAGCGAGGUUUAGUACAAGGUUCAGGAUUUUUGUUGAAAAUUGAGAUUUUGCAGAUGAUGAGGCUUCGGAUUUCAAACAUUGGAAAAGAAGGCAUGUAGUCGCAAUUUUAGCGUUGUUAGGAUUCGCCAAUAUUUAUGCAAUGAGGGCUAAUUUGAGUAUUGCGAUUGUUGAAAUGACGUCUGGAACUGAUCUCAAAGUUAAUGGAACUACUUAUCACGUAAGUCAAUUUGUUCUGGUGGGCUAAUUUGAAUCAAACAAUACUGUUUCAGAUUGAUGGUGACUUCAAGAAUUGGUCACCAAUGACGCAAGGUGUUGUAUUGAGCUCAUUUUUCUAUGGAUACAUUAUAUCACAAUUGCCAGGAGGAUAUCUUGCUUAUCAACACGGAGGAAAAACUUUGUUUUUUGCUGGAACUUUUGGUAGGUUUUUUCUCCGGAGUUCCCGCUAAGCUUAAUAUUUCAGGAACUGCAAUCUUCACCCUUUUGACACCACCGUUGGCUAGAAUGGGAUAUGGGAUGUUAGUUUUUGCUCGAUUUAUGGAAGGACUUUUGGAAGGUGUUACAUAUCCAGCUAUGCAUGUUAUUUGGAGUCAUUGGGCUCCACCAUUGGAACAAACUAAAUUGGCAACAUUUGCAUUUUCUGGAUCAUAUUUUGGAACUGUUUUAGCAAUGCCAUUAUCUGCAUAUUUGGGUGAACAAUUCGGAUGGCCAAUGAUUUUCUGGUUCUUUGGUGAGUCUUUUUUGUUGUUUUCGUGCGUGCAGAAAAGUAAAAAAAAAAUAUGGAUUUGUAUUCGAAAAACAACUUUUUUUUUCAUUAAAUUUUAUUAUAUUAUAUUAUUUUUUGGUUUGGCUUGGCUUGGUUAGAGAAAAAAGUAUAUCCAAAAAUAAUAGUACACAAAUUAAUUAGUUAAAAAUUGCCCAAAUCAGCUGGAAAUUGUUUCUCUGAAAAACAAAUACUAUUCUAAUGUAAAACAUCUCAAGUUUUAUGUUACAAAGCUGUUUUUUCUCUAAAACGAUACUUCCGCCUCAAAGAAAGUGCACAUUUUAUAUUCAUAGAUUUGAAAACAAUUUUUUGCAGGAACUCUUGGUGUCAUCUGGUGUGUCGUUUGGUUCAAAAAUGUUUAUGAUCGCCCAGCGGAUGAUCCAAAAAUUACAACUUCUGAGCUUGCUCUUCUUCAACGUGAUGCCUUCAGUCAAACACAUUACGUAUGUCAAAAAUCAGAAAAUAAAAAAAACCAGUUUUAUAUUCAGAUUGUUCCAUGGGGUCAAAUUCUUCGUUCAAAACCAGUUUGGGCAAUUAUAAUUGCACACACUGCACAAAAUUGGGGAUUUUAUAUAAUGUUAACAAAUCUACCAAAAAUGUUGAAAGAUAUUGCGGGUUAUAAUUUGGAAAAGGUAUUUUUUAUUUUUGUUUUUGUUUUCACCAAAAAAAAACGCACAAAUCUAAUCCGGAAAUUAAAUCAUCUUCACACAAUACUGAACUAAUUGAGUUAUUUUCAACUUUCAGGCCGGAAUUGCUAGUUCUUUGCCAUAUCUUCUUAUGGGGGUUUCAAUAAUUGGUUCCGGACAAUUGGCCGAUUUUCUAAGAAAAGAACGACAAUUUGAAACUUUGUUGGUUCGCAAACUUUUCUGUGCUGCUGGAUUCUUGGGACAAUCAAUUUUCCUUCUUCUUAUUGUUGCAACUUCUCAUCCAACUUUAAUUGUUAUAUUUUUCUCGAUUUCAAUUGGUAUUGGAGGAAUUUGUUGGAGUGGAUUUUCUGUGAAUCAUUUGGAUUUGGCUCCUCAAUAUGCUGGACAUCUUAUGGCUGCAUCGAAUACAAUCGCAACUAUUCCAGGAAUCUUGGGACCACUUUUUGUUGGAGCUAUUGUUCAAUCAGCGGUGAGUGACAUUUUCGAGCUCGAGCUCAACUCAAUUGUUCAAUAGAUCAAAUAAACACGCUACUUGAAUUUAUUAUGGACCAUUUUUGUUGAUGUCAACGUGUAAAGAAUCACGCAACAAUAAAUUAUUCCAAAAAAAUUUUGAAAAUGAAUUUCAAAUUUUUUAGCUCCACCCAUCUCAAAUAAAUUUUUCCAGGGCAUCAAUGAAUGGAACCUCGUGUUAUUUGUAAUAAUCGGAUUUUAUAUCGUCGGAGCUGCCAUUUUCUGGAAGUUUGCCGAUGCCAAACUUCAACCAUGGGCUGGAGAUCACACAUCAUUCAUUGGCCAAUUGGAAUAA